GGGUCACGUGCCGCCUGCCGCGGGGUGGAGGGCGCGGGCUGGCGCGGCAGAGAAAGGUGAGCUCUGGGCUGACCCGGUCCGCGGUGAGCGGCCCGGGGCAGGCCAAGUCCACGUGCGGGCAGCAUGUCCCUGGCUGCUUAUUGUAUCAUCUGUUGCAGAAGAAUAGGAACCUCAACUUCUCCGCCAAAAAGCACGUACUGGAAAGAUAUCAGAAAUAUAAUAAAGUUAACUGGAUCGCUUAUUUUAGGAGGUUCAUUAUUUCUUACCUAUGAGGCUCUGGCCCUGAAGAAGUCUUUGACACUAGACAGUCAAGUGGUAGAGAGAGAAAAAAUGAAGUCAUACAUUUAUGUGAACACAGUUCCUAUAGAUAAAAGAGAAAAUCAUGGAAUCCUCUACCAGGCAAGAAAAGAGCUUCACAAAGCAGUAAGGAAAGUACUGGCAACGUCAGCCAAGAUACUACAGGGUCCGUUUGCCGACACGUUCAGCACAGUCGACCUGGAGGACCACGAGUGUGCGGUGUGGCUGCUGCUGCAGAAGAGCAGGUCGGACGACAGAGCGGCCCGGAUGCAGGCGGUGCAGGAGAUGCUGGCGGCUCGGCACUGGCACGAUUACCAGUACAGGACGAUUGCCCAAGCCUGUGAUCUGAGAACUCUUAUUGGUUUGGCACGAAGCAAAGAGAGUGAUCUUCGCUUUUUCCUCCGACCACCUCGUUUGCCAUCUUUAAAAGAAGAUUCUACCAUUGAAGAAGAGCUAAGACACCUGCUGGCUUCUUUACCUCAAACGGAGCUGGAUGAGUGUAUCCAGUAUUUUACAUCUUUGGCUCUGAGCGAAAGCAGUCAGAGUCUAGCAGCUCAGAAGGGCGGCUUAUGGUGUUUCGGAGGAAACGGCCUUCCUUAUGCUGAGAGCUUUGGAGAAGUGCCUUCGGCUGCAGUGGAAAUGUUCUGCUUAGACGCUUUAGUAAAACAUUCUGAGAUAUCCACACAUUGUGAUAAAAUUGAAGCAAAUGGAGGCUUGCAACUGCUUCAGAGGCUGUACCAACUUCACAAGGACUGCCCUAAAGUACAGAGAAAUAUAAUGCGUAUCAUUGGAAAUAUGGCUUUGAAUGAACAUCUUCAUUCUCCUAUCGUUCAAUCAGGCUGGGUUUCCAUACUGGCAGAAGCAAUGAAGUCUCAGGACAUUAUGGAGGCCUCGCAUGCCGCCAGAACCCUGGCUAACCUAGACCGAGAGACCGUGCGAGAAAAAUACCAGGAUGGCGUGUAUGUGCUGCACCCCCAGUAUCGCACAAGUCAGCCCAUUAAAGCAGAUGUCCUUUUUGUUCAUGGCCUGAUGGGAGCAGCAUUCAAAACGUGGCGCCAGCAGGACAAUGACCAGGUCUUAAAUGAAAAGGUUUCAGAGGAUGAAACCAGGUACACAACGUGUUGGCCCAAGACGUGGUUAGCAAGAGACUGCCCCAGUCUCCGGAUCAUAUCUGUGGAGUACGACACCAGCCUGAGCGACUGGAGGGCAAGGUGCCCUAUGGAAAGAAAGUCCAUCGCGUUCCGGAGCAACGAGCUUCUCAGGAAGCUCCGAGCGGCCGGCGUCGGAGACAGGCCGGUGAUCUGGGUGUCGCACAGCAUGGGCGGUCUUCUUGUCAAAAAGAUGCUGCUAGAAGCCUCUCAGAAGCCAGAACUGAGCACCGUUAUAAACAACACCAGAGGGAUGAUUUUCUAUAGCGUCCCCCACCACGGGUCGCGUCUGGCGGAGUACUCUGUCAACGUUCGCUCCUUGUUUGCUUUGGAAGUCAAGGAACUCAGCAAGGAUUCUCCUGCACUUAAAACACUACAGGAUGAUUUUCUGGAGUUUGCUAAAGACAAAAACUUCCAGGUGCUGAAUUUUGUAGAAACACUGCCAACCUCCAUUGGUAGCAUGAUCAAACUCCACGUGGUUCCCGUGGAAUCAGCAGAUUUAGGCAUUGGAGAUCUAAUUCCUGUGGAUGUUAACCAUUUGAACAUUUGUAAGCCAGAGAAAAAGGAUGCUUUUUUGUACCAACGUACCUUACGAUUCAUCCGUGAAACGUUAGCCAAAGACCUUGAAAACUGACAGUUGUCUUCCAUUUUUUAUAUGUGAACAGAGUGCAAGAAACUUGGUGUUCUCUUCCUCUUUCUAAGCAAUCGUGCACACACACUCAUGAUGCCAUCGAUACGGUCCGGAAUAUGUUGCAGGCAACAGUAUUCUGUAAAGCACAAACAGAAGUGGCAGGCAGAGAGUGACGGGCAGACUGGAUUCUUUUAACUUUUAUGUCUCUUACAGUGUUGUCCCAGGUGACAUAGAGCAAGCUGCUAUGGAUAGAGAUGCCUUCUGUCACCUGUAACUGUCUGUGGCUUAAGCUGGAGGAGCACUGAUGGCUUCUGAAGGGAUAGGCGUCGUCAGCUCACCAUAAAAAUGCCAUUUGGAGAGUACCUAGAAUGGAGAGGAGAAUGAACUAGAACAUAAAAGAUUGUUUUUGUUCUGGGUUUUGAUGUACUGUAAAUGUUUUUAAACAUCACGGAAAACCUUUGUCGAACACGUUAACUUUGUUAGACCUGCUCUCACCCAUGGGUCAGUUCCUUGUAAGUUUUUAUUUUCUUAUUGCUGGGACAAAUAUUUCUCCUUUAAAAAAAUCCCAGCUUAUAGUAAUUCUUUCCAGACUUUAGCUACCUAUACUUGUAACUUUUCCCAGAUAAAGUAGCUAAUCCACUAUUGAUCAGGGUGUGAAACAAAACUAUUCUAAGUUGUUAUAUAUGUUAGCAAUACUUAGUAUCAAGAUUCUCAGAUUCUCUUUAGCAAAAUAGAAUAUACCUUUUCUUCUUGCUCAUUUGGAAAUGGUAGUAAUUGAACUCCAGCAUGGGAGAGAUAGGACAUCAUGUUGCUGACUUUUUCUUUUUAAAUAACAUUAUUGAAAUGUCAAUUCACAUACCAUAAAAUUCACCUUUUUAAAUAUACGGUUCAUUGAUUUUCAGUAUAUUUACCAAGUUGUACAACCAUCACCACUAUCUAAUUUCAGAACAUUUUAUCGUCCCCCAGAAUAACCUGGAACUAUUAACCAUCACUCCAUGUCCAUGCUCCUGUUCCCGCCCCCGGCAAACACUAAUCAGCUUUCUGUCUCUCUGGAUUUGCCUGUUGUGGACAUUUCAUAUAAAUGGAAUCAUACAAUAUGUGCCCCUCUGGGUCUGGCUUCCUCUUAGCAUAAUGUUCAAGGUUCAUCCACGAUGUAGCAUUAUUAGUGCUUCAUUCUCUUUUGUGGACAAGUAAUAUUCUACUGCAUGGAUAUACCACAUUCAUUUAUGCCUUCAUCGGUUGAUAGACAUUUUUUUCUUUUGGCUAUUAUGCUACUGUUAACACUGAUGCACAUUUUUUUGUGUGUGGAUGUAUGCUGUUGAUGCUCCUGGCCGUGUUCUAGGAGUGGAGUUGCUGACUCAUAUUAAGCGUCUGUUUACUAAUUUGACGGUAGACAUUUGUAGAAUGGCAGUCAGAGUUAAGACGAGCGCAGCCUCUGAGUGUGAACCCUACCAACAUCUGAUUGCUUAAUUAUGCAGCAGCCUAACAAGUGAGUUAACCAGUUUUAUACAGAUACAGCGAAUGCGAUGGUUAGCUAACACCAGUAAGUUCGCUAACAGUGGCACUAGUUAAUGGGAUGCCAUGGGAAGAAUGCGUAGAUACGUUUGGUUUAUUUUCUGUUUCUUAUGAACCAUGGCAGAUAAUGAGCAGUUUCAGCCAUGGUUUAACUUAAGGGUAAUGGAAUGAAAGCACACACUGUUAAAAUCUCGACAUAGCUGUUAUAGCUGUGCUUUAAAGAUAAGGUCUGGGAGAAAGAUCUAGUGUAUUGUUAAAUUAACUAGUUUUCAGGCAAGUCACUGAACAUUUUUAUUCUGUGAAUUGACUAUGAUGUACACAGGUUCACUUACUUCAUCAGUUUUGUGACAUUUAAGUCAGCAAUGUUUUCAAAUAUCACUGCCUGAAGAACACAAAGUAUGAAAACAUGUAUUUGAAAUAGUUUCAAAUUUAGACCAUUAAGAAAAUGGUUCUCCUAGUUCAGUCAGCUUUGUUUAAAUAUCCUUUCUGGAAAAAAAUUUCAUUGAAGCUUUAUAUUGCCUCUCCCCUCAUUUGAAAAGUCACUUUAAAAGAUCUGUUUAAGAGGGAAGUAAACAAUAUAGGUGUUACAAAACACAGUUCUGAAAGCAAGCUGUAAUAAAGCUAGGAUGAGAAUGAAAAGUCACUUAUCCUUACUUACACCCCUUUCACUUCUUAAUCACAUUUCUCCCAAACCUGCUGGAUUACAUUAACCCUAAAUCUCAAAGGCACUGAGUUCCCUUUACCCGCCAGUGUCUCGAUCAGAUGUCACCACAGAAAGUGUCAAACUACAAAAUGGAGCAUCAGACCUUUCUUUACGGCGUCUUGACCACUCACCCAAGGCCGCGCUGGCAGCCGGGAUAUGGUGGAGGGUGCAGGCCUCUGCCUGGUGACAACGCUUGAGUGUGGUGGGCACCGGCAUUUAUUUCCUAUUGAGAAAAACAGUGAUUAUAUUGCUUUUGAACUUGGUUCAUAUUCACAAUGCCCCUCAAAUUCUAAUUCCUCAAGUGAGUUUUAGGCAUACCCUUCUGAAUUUUCAUCCCUUUGUAAUAUCAAAUGCAUUGUAUGACGUGGAGUUUUAUUGACAUUUGGUAUAAAAAUUAUGUCCAUGAAAAAACUUUAACGUGUUCAAUAAAUGUCAUUUUAAAAUACUA